AUGAUUGGAUUUAUAGGCGGGACCGGACCUGAAGGGCGUGGGCUCGCGCUGAGGUUCGCACUCGCGGGCGAGGAUGUGCUGAUUGGCUCGCGGGACGCUGUUCGCGCGCAGGCGGCGGCUGACAGCGUACUGGAGAUUGCGCCCUCCAUAUCUAUUGCCGGAGCACUGAAUGCCGAAGUUGCGGCGCAAUCCGACACGGCGGUUGUUGCCGUGCCAUACGCAGCGCAGAAGCAGACUUUAGAAUCAUUAACCGAUGAGUUGCGCGGCAAGUUGAUCAUCAAUGUGGUCGCGCCUCUAGCGUUCAGCAAGGGCGUUGCCAGCGCGAUUAAAGUCGCGGCGGGUUCAGCGGCGCUUGAAGCUCGCGAAAUUAUUCCUGAUGCCACACAUGUCGCAGCGUUCCACAAUGUCAGCGCACAGGAACUGCUCGCGCCCGAUAGGCCGCUAAACACCGACAUCGUAGUGUGCAGCGAUGAUUCGGAAGCCAAGAGUAAGGUGAUUGCUCUGGCGGAGACGAUAAAGGGAGCGCGAGGGGUUGACGGCGGAGGAUUGGAGAAUGCGCGGUACUGCGAAGACUUGACGGCUCUACUAUUGAACAUCAAUCGUAUCUACAAGGCGCAUUCGAUGAUUAAGAUUGUGGGGAUUUAG